AUCUCCGCGCUCGCGGCGCCCCCAGCGUCCGGCUACUCCAUGUACGCGAUGCGCGUGCCCAACGGCGACAAGGUGCCGGGCGUGACGGCGCUGGGGCAUCUGGACCCGGUGCUGGCCGGCCCCAUGAACGAGUUCGGCAUGGACAUGAUCGACGCCGACUUCCACUGGACGCGGGACUUCUGCAUGAAGGACUCGGACGGCGACGGCCAGACCAACGGCCAGGAGCUGGGCGACCCGUGCUGCGAGUUCGUGUACCGCAAGAACCCGGUGGUGCGCUGGUCCGAGGGCGUCUCGCACCCGGGAGAUGCCUCGUUCAAGUCAGACCCCAAGCUCUGGGAGGGGAUCGUGUGU